AUGACAGUGGAAACCGAAUCCAGCAAUGUCGAUGACUCAAAUCAGGAAGCAGAACCUGCCCAGCUUUUGGAUGAUGAAGCAAACAAAAAUCUACCGGUCAAAAAGAAGACUUCCUGUUGCACAGGCUUGAAGGCAUUUCUUGCUGCUUUAUCAUUCAGCUACUUGAGUAAAACUUUGUCUGGCACGAUUAUGAAAAGUUCCAUCACUCAGAUCGAACGAAGGUUUGACCUGACGUCAUCUACUGUUGGUUUCAUCGACGGGAGCUUUGAGAUGGGCUCAAAGAAUUACCGCAUGUUGCUUAUACACAAUAAUGUUUCUAGCCAUAGCUUUGAUACAGUGACAGCAUAUAGAAAGAAACAUCCAGCAAACACAAAUUAUAAGGAUCCAGAUCCCCCGUUUCCUAUGUUCAUACUUCCAAAUUACAAUAAGAUCUCCCUAACACUGAAGGGGAUGCUGAGACGAUGUAAACUCUCACCUGCAGGCUGUGAGAAGGAGCCAUCAUCAUAUAUGUGGAUAUACAUCUUCCUGGGAAACUUGUUACGUGGAAUUGGUGAGACACCAAUAGCACCAUUGGGCAUCUCUUAUCUUGAUGAUUUUGCUAAAGAAGAGGAUGUUCCUGUGUAUGUAGCAUGUUUGCACACAAUAGCCAUGAUGGGCCCAAUGUUUGGUUUCCUGUUGGGAUCUUUAUGUGCAAAACUGUACGUGGAUAUUGGAUUUGUGGAUUUAGGAAGCAUCACUAUCACCCCGCAGGAUUCCCGCUGGGUGGGUGCAUGGUGGCUUGGUUUUUUAAUAGGUGGAGUAACCAGUUUCCUAGCUGCUAUUCCAUUUUGCUUCCUACCGAAGAGUCUGAAAAAGCUGGAGGAAGCCAAUAAUGACAAAUCUUCUCAUGGUCUCUUGGAAAACAUGGGUGCCACAAGGAAGAAACUUACUCCUGCAAAACCUAAGCCAAGGAAGUGCCAACUCAUAUAUCCCUUUCUUUCAGAUUUCUAUACCUCCCUGAAAAAAGUAUUGAGUAAUCGAAUGUACUUUACAUUUUUGUGUUGCUCACUGUUACAGUUCAAUAGCUUUAUUGGUUUCUUGACUUACAAACCAAAGUACAUGGAACAGCAGUAUGGACAAUCUACAUCUAAAUCUAACUUUCUAAUAGGAUUGACAUCCUUACCUCCUGUAGGUGUUGGGAUUUUCCUAGGAGGGCUCAUAAUGAAAAAAUACAAAAUGGGCAUCAUUGGAGCAACCAAGUUUGCAUUUACCAUGUCAUUUUUGGCCUACAUCUUCAGUCUCCUGCAAUUCUUUGUUGGCUGUGAGAACCAUGUAGUGGCAGGAAUUACAGUGUCCUAUGAAGGCAAACCCAUUCCGUACCAUGAAAAUGCCGUAUUUUCUGGGUGCCACUCUAACUGCAAAUGUGCCUCCAACGUGUGGGAUCCUGUGUGUGGAGACAACGGACUCACAUACAUUUCGGCAUGUCUAGCUGGGUGCACGACUUCGGUGGGACAUGGAAAGAAUACAGUCUUCCAUAACUGCAGCUGUCUUGAAGCCAGCAGUUCAUGGACAGGAAAUAACUCUGCCACCUUGGGACAAUGUCCAAAAAGUGAAGAUUGUUCAAGGAGGUUUGUUUACUAUACAGUAAUACAAGUCAUGAGCGGCUUUUGUUACGCUUUGGGAGGCACCCCAGCAUACAUGAUUAUGUUUAGAUGCGUUCAGCCAGAGUUGAAAUCUCUUGCAGUUGGUCUAUACACACUGGUUAUGAGAACGCUAGCUGGAAUUCCAGCACCGGUUUAUUUUGGUGCACUGAUCGACAAGACGUGCUUGAAAUGGGGAAGCACAAGCUGUGGGCAGCGAGGGGCUUGCAGGCUGUACGACUCCAAUGCAUACAGGUAUGUCUACUUUGGUUUAUCAGCGGUGUUAAGAGGUCCUUCCUACUUGAUUGCUAUCUUGUUUUUUAUAUUGGUAAAGAAACACUUUCAAAAUAAGAACUCCAGGCCUAUAGAGAAUGGAGGAAGAGAAGAUGCUCCUAUGAAUAAAGAAGAUAAUUGCAAGACCAAAGAACGUUUGCCAGGUUCUUGUGAUACAGAGAAUGAAUCAUGUAUUUAG